UUCCGUGUAUCCAGCGUUCGUUAGUUAGGUGGAGGAAUCUGCUCUGCAAAGACAAACACAUGUGAAAUUAUUGAUCAGGUAGGGCAAACGCUUCAUUCCGCCGGCUCGCACCUUUUGAUCUGGUCGUUCGGAUUAAACAUUUCAGUUAAUUAACGGUCAGUGUUUAAUGUGUCCGUUAAUCUAGAAGCUAUAACCAGUGUGCAGAAUCAGCGUUCUACAUGGCGAUGCAUUUCCUUUUGUUCAGCUAGCUUAUGUGUAGAAAUACCACAUUCUCAGAGUUCUACUCAUUAAAAAGAUUACAAACAGACACUAGCAGGCUUCCUUAACGUCGGCUACCUAGCUGUUUCCUAUUUUAGACUCACUGUAGCUACACAUUCCCGAGGACACUCGACACGUUGACAUUUAGCUAGACCCGGGUCGUGUGAAUUGAUGGAAACAUGUCAAAAAAACGGGCCAGGAAGCGUAGCAGUGGAGAGCUGAGUGAGAGUUCGGCGGCGACCCUGAGCCCAGACCCAGACAACCUGCUGGGCCGAAGGAUCCAGCACUCCUGGAGGGAGAAGGGGAACGUGACCAAGUGGAAAGGAACCGUCCUGGAGCGCCUUACUGUGAAUACCUCCCUCUACAUGGUCAAAUAUGACGGCUUUGACUGCGUGUACGGCAUCGAGCUCUUCAAAGACAACCGGGUGACCAACCUGCAAGUGUUGGCAGAGAAAGUUGUGAACAAUAAGAUCAAGGUGCCUCCCGGGGCCGAGGAGCUGGUGGGCCGGGCGGUGGAGCAUCUGUUUGAGAAGGAGGGCGGUGAGAAGAACGAGUGGCGAGGCAUGGUGCUGUCCCGAGCCCCCGUCAUGACCCACUGGUACUACAUCACCUACGAGAAGGACCCGGUGCUGUACAUGUACCAGCUGUGGGACGACUACAAGGACGGAGAUCUACGUGUCCUGCCUGAGUCAGAGAACAAACACCUGCUGCCAGCAGACAGGAAGCCGGGUGAGGAGCCAGAGAGCCUUGUGGGUAAGCAGGUGGAAUACGUCACAGAUAACGGUCUGAAGAGGACGGGCUUAGUUAUCUACCAGGUCCCAGCUAAGCCCACAGUAUACUACAUCAAAUAUGACGAUGAUGUCCACAUCCACGUCUACGAUCUGGUGAAGACCACCUAGUACUGACUGGCUCGUCUCUGACCGACCUGCCGUUACCUGUGAAGUGUUACAGAUUUCAGUUUUCUUCCAGCAGGAGGCAGUGUGCCGAAGAUCAGAAGCCCCGUCUUAUUCUGUUUUUGUUCUUUUUUUAAGCCUCCAGAGUCUCCUUUUACUCUCACAUCACCAGACACCUUGGUUUUUGGUUUUUCUUCCAGUUAGAAUUUAUGUUGACCUUAAUGUAUGACUCUUGGGUCCUCUUCAAUGUAAAUAAAAACUGAUUUGAGAUCGGUUGUAUAGCCCAGCAGAUAAAAUGCAGCUAGUGCAACUUUCAAACUUCAAAUUCAUACUUUUUGUAAGCAACACGUAAAUUAAAAUUAUUCAGCUUUCUUACCUCUGUGUUUUACUCCUAUUUCAUUUGACUUUUAUAUGCCUGUCCUAUUUAUGUCUUCUGGAAUAUCCGGCUGUGCUGCUGGUCACAUUUGUGCAAAACGUCUGUGCUUUAUGUGUCACUGGGUAAGCCUCAGUUUGAAGAAAAUAGAAGUCACAGUGAACUAUGAUGUCAGUGUUUAGGCCAUUAUGAGACUUGACUGUCUCACCAUCAUGGUUGGAAAACACAGAUUAGUCAAAAUAAAAAAAGAAGUUGUGUAUCAUAUUCCUGUUCCGUUUCAUCAUGUAUACUGCAAGUUUUCUACAUUAUGAUAAUAUAUGAAAAUAAUGUUGGUGUCAAGUUGUUAUAAAAGGUGUUUGUGCUACACAUUAUUUCUGUAGUUCAAAUUGGCUUCCGACAUUGUUUAGGUUUUUGGACUGACGUCUUUAUUAUUUGCCAAAAACAUGAAUGAUGUGAUAUGCUAUAUUCAGGCCUCAACAUAUUGUUCAUUGUGACCCUAAAUAUGUUAUGUUCUGUAAAUAUAAUACACAUUUUUAUGAACAUUA